GGAAACUCGCAACGACAUUUUAAGACGAGUAGCACUGGGGACGAGAAUGCCUAACGCCAAAAAUGUUUCUCAAAUGCGCCUGCGAUUAUUCUGCGAUUCGAUCAUUCGGUCAUGCGCUUCACUGAUCCCGCGCGGUCGCGGGCGUGACACGCGCGCCCUUUUUCCAGCAAGAUACAAUCGACGAUGCAAUCAGUAUUUCGGGCAGGGCUAUUUGAAGGGAAAGUGGCAAUUGUUACUGGCGGUGGUACGGGUAUUGGAAAGGCAAUAGCUAGAGAAUUACUUUAUCUUGGCAGCAAAGUUGUGAUCUCGUCAAGAAAGGAGGACAGACUACAGAAAGCGGCUGAUGAACUGUCACGUUACAUACAGCCCUCCAGCAGUUCAGAGGUUAAAGUUGUGCCGUGUAACAUCAGAGAAGAGCUACAGGUAACUAACUUGAUGGAGGAAACCAUUUCCUCUUAUGGAAAAAUUGACUUUCUUGUGAAUAAUGGAGGAGGCCAGUUCAUGUCACCUGUUUCAAGCAUGUCCUCUAAGGGUUGGAAAGCUGUCAUAGAUACUAACUUGAAUGGAACAUUUCUGUGUUGCAGAGAAGCUUUCAGAUUGUGGAUGGGUGAAAAUGGUGGCUCUAUUGUAAACAUUAUUGUGGACAUGAGCAAAGGUUUUCCAGGGAUGGCGCACACUGGUGCAGCACGAGCUGGAGUUAACAAUUUAACAAUGAGUUUAGCUCUUGAGUGGAUAGGCCAUGGAGUCAGGAUCAACUGUGUGGCCCCAGGUGUGGUGUACUCUGAAACUGCAGCACAGAAUUAUCCAGACUCUGAGCUGUUUCAAAAGUUAAAAGCCGUACUACCAGCUAAAAGAUGUGGAACCACAGCAGAAGUAGCAGGAGCUGUUAGUUUCCUUUUGUCUCCUGCUGCAUCUUAUAUAACAGGAACCACAAUUGAUGUGGAUGGUGCUUCUAGUAAAGUCUUUCUUAAUUAUAUGCCAAUACCAGAUAAGAGACAACUGACAGAAUACACUUGGAAAGAUGAAUGUGACGGUUAAAUGCUUCAAAAGUCUUACGUGGUUAAACAAUGCUGUAUAUAAUGAAUUUCAAAGGACAUGUAAACACAAAAAAAUCAAUAUGGAUACGGUACAAUUUUUUACAAAAUGUCUUUUAAUCUGCAAGUAUCUGACCUAAGUGUUUAGGGAUAGCUCAGUACAGUAAUAAAACUCUUUACAUGGUGUUA